AUGCCGUCGCAGUACGUCUCGGCGCCAGCUUCCACCCCGUCCGCGCUCGGCGACGCCAUCGAGCGCCUCACCGGCGGCAAGCUCGAGCUCCCUCAGUUCACGCCGACCACGGUCGCGACAUCGCUCGUCGCGGUCGUCGUGACGCUGCUGAUCGCAGAGCAGGCGCUAUGGAGGAGCAGGAAGAGGCAUCUCCCUGGCAAGAACUUCCAGAUCCCCGUCAUUGGACAGUUUGCCGAGUCGCUGAACCCGACGAUGGAGGCGUACAAGCGAUCAUGGGCCACGCCGCUCGCUUCCGUCUCCGUGUUCAACAUCUUCAUCGUCAUUGCCUCGACGACCGACUAUGCUCGCAAGAUCCUCAACUCGUCCUCCGCAACCGAGCCUUGCCUCGUUCGCUCGGCAAAGCAGAUCCUCCUGCCUGAGAACUGGGUCUUCCUGAACGGCAAGGUCCACAACGAGUACCGCAAGGGCUUGAACGUCCUCUUCACGCCCAAGGCCCUCGAGAUUUACCUCCGCGUGCAGGACCAGAUCUACCGCAAGUUCUUCAACUCGUGGCUUGCCGACUCGACUCCCGGUUUCCAGCCCUACCAGAUGAAGUUCCGCGACCUCAACAUGAUGACCUCUCUCCGCGUCUUCUGCGGCUCGUACAUCUCCGAGACGGGCGCCCAGGAGAUCUCCGACAAGUACUGGCUCAUCACCCAGGCUCUCGAACUCGUCAACUUCCCCUUCGCCUUCCCCGGCACCAAGGUCUGGAACGCAUGCAAGGCGCGCGAGGUCGCCGUCAAGCACCUCUCAAAGGCUGCGGCGGACUCGAAGGCGGCGAUGAAGGCUGGAAAGGAGGCGGAUUGCUUGCUUGAUGCGUGGGUCGAGCAGAUCAUUGCCGGCAAGGUCCGCGAGUACUCGGACAAGGAGAUGGCGCUCGUGUUGCUUUCGUUCAUCUUUGCCUCGCAAGACGCCAUGUCGUCCUCAAUCACCUUCGCCUUCCAGCUCCUCGCCGACCACCCCGCCGUCCUCGCCAAGAUCCGCGAAGAGCAGUCCCGCGUCCGUGCGGGCGACCUCGACUCUCCUAUGUCGCUCGCCUGGCUCGAGCAGAUGCCCUACACCAACGCCGUCACCAAGGAGGUCCUUCGCUACCGCCCGCCGGUCAUCAUGGUUCCGUACCUCGCGAAGAAGGAUUUCCCUAUCAACGACGAGUACACGGUCCCGAAGGGAACGAUGAUCAUCCCUUCGUUCUGGAACUCCCUUCACGACCCCGAGGUCUACCCCGACCCCGAGGACUUCAUCCCCGAGCGCUGGAUGCCGGGAGGUGCGAACGCCGAUGGAGGAGACUCGAAGAACUGGCUUGUGUUUGGUGCCGGCGCGCACAAGUGCAUCGGCCAGAACUACGUCUACAUGCACAUGUCGGCCGUCAUCGGCUCGGCUGCGAUGCUCAUGGACUGGGAGCACGAGCGCACGCCUGAGAGCGACGAGAUUCAGAUCAUCGCAACCCUCUUCCCCAAGGACGGCUGCCGCCUCAAGUUCUCCCGCCGCGAGCAGCAGGACCUCUAA